AUGCAGAUCUCCGGCCAUGUAGCAGUGCUUUUGAUCCAUGCCCUGUCUUGUGAGCGGAUCUCUGAGCAGAUCAGCCUGGACAUUGGGAGCUCAAGCUUCUUGCUGAGCCGUGGCCCGCGCAGCGACAUCGGCAAGUUGCUUGCACGUGCCCAGCCCCUUCAGCCAACAAAGGCGUCACUGGCCCGAGAUUUUCCGGAGGACUGUCCCAACGGUGAGCUUAGGCUUUCCGGAGUUUACAAGGUAAGAAAGGAGGUGGUCCUCCAUGGCCCAUGUGAGGUGACGGGAGACGGCGGGGAGCUUCAGGUGCAGGCGCCGAUUCACUUCAACGGCAACGUGAGCUUCCGGGGCAGCCUCGUGGUCAAAUACGUCAAGAAGAACAAUCCCCAGCACUCUAACAAUAAGAUGAAGAUGAUCUUCCGCCGCGCUCUCAAUCGAGCGCUCGGUGGCACGGAGGGCCCCUGCAUCAGCGUCAAUGGCAGCCUCACCCUGCAGGCUGGGGCGGAUGUGAGCAUCCAGGACUGUCAGAACCAACAACAGCCAACAGCCCUUGGGGGCUGCCUUUUCGUCGGCCGCGAGGCGGAGCUCCUCAGUGGGGCACGCCUGCAGCUGAAGAACUGUUCGGCAGGAGGCGUGGGCGCGGGCCUCGGAGGCGGACUGUACGUCGGAACGACCUUCCGGCAGCGGGGCGCCGUCGUGUUUGCGGAAGGUUGCUUUGCAUCAGAGGGUGGGGGCGCGUUGUACGCCUGCGGAGGCCUAGACAUGUCGGGGGGCAGCCUGUCGGCUGUCGAUAGCUCAGCCACGGAAGAAGGCGGCUGCAUCCUCGCGUAUGGAUUAACCAACAUCUCCGCCGGGCACAUGAACCUGACCAACUGCCGGAGCCGUGCACCUCGCGGCGGCGGAAGUGGCGGAGGCCUGUGGGCCAAUUCCUUGGAGGUGGCGGCGGCCGCCCGGCUGACCAUCCACGACUGCCACGCAGCCUUCGGUGGUGGCAUGUAUGCACAGCGCCAUGCGGGCAUCCACGCGCAAGGAUUGCACAUCUCCAACUCCUCGGCCAGCAGCUUCGGCGGCUGCCUCUACAUGAAGUCCGGGAACGUGAGCUUCAGUGGCCCGCUUGCCUUGCAGAGCUGCGCCGCGAAAGGUGCCGGAGGAGGCAUUUACAGUGUUCGAGGGGCUUUCGAAGCAGAGGAGAUCAGCUGCAACGGUUGCGAUGCUCCCGUAGCUGCAGUCCUGCAGCUGGAGAAGCAGGGGAAAGUCAGCGCCGACCUGCGGGCGGUCCGCUUUUGGAGCCACUCGCGUAGCAGUUCCGCCAUCGCCGCAGGCGCCGGUUCCACGGUCAAGAUCGGGAAGAUGGACUGCAUGGAGGCGCCGGGCUGCAUUCUGCAGGCGCAGCAGGCGAACGUGUCGCAGCUGCUAUGCUCCCGUGGCGAGGGGCGGGAAAGCUUUGCCGAGCAGGAUGGCUUGCAGUGCAAGCCAUGUGCCGAGGGGCGGACUCGCCUGGAACAGAACCGGGCCGAUGCCCAUUGCGUGCUUUGCCCCAACAUCACAGAUACUGACAUCCGCUGCACUCCCACAGAGCUUGGGUUGCCAGGCGGCUACAUGGUGACUUGGAACCAUAGCAAGCCCUCAGACCUCUCCAAUUGGUUUAGGUGCCCCAGCGAGAUCGCCUGCCCCGGGGGUCACCUCGGUGCCAGUGACCGACCUGGUGGAACAGCGCAAGAGAUUUGGGCAAUGUGUGCACAGGGCUACGUCGGUGAAGCGUGCACCCAGUGCGAUGACGGAUAUGCCCGUGGCGACAGCAACGUCCUGCAGUGCGUCCCCUGCUCCACAGACCUGCAUCAGGCCGCCUGGUAUGUCUCCUUCUACUUGCUGAAGAACCUUGCCCUCUUCACCUCUGCAGUUGGCAGCGUGUCUGGGGCCAAACGCCGGCGUGCAGAGAGCGCCACGCUGCUCAACCAGCUCAUGUCGUUCGCAGUGGUAGCCGGCAUCGCCAUGUCAGGGGCAAUGCAAACGCGCACUUUCCAGGAGGACUUGCAGGCGUCCUCGCAGGCCGUCUUCCGCUACUUGUCACUUCCUGCCGAGAUGGUGUCUCAAGGCCAGGGCUCUGGCGGCGCCAGCAUGUCGUGCGAGUGCUUGCUGGCGAUGAUGGGCAUGAAGCAGACUGUCUACCACACCCACAUUCUCACUUCCAUUUGGCCAGCAGUGCUUGUGUCGUGGCUUGCGGUAACAAAGGGCGGCUGGCUAGCAGCUGUGGUUGGAGUGAACGUGUUCCUGCCGGUCUUCGUCGCUGGCUUUGGCAAGUAUUUGGUGAGUUUUCGCUUGCGCCCUGAGGCUUUGCCUGGGGGAGAGCUGCUCAUGGAUUUCCUGCCACCCGGACCUCACAUGACCUCCUGCAUCCUGGAGCGGAUUUGCGCAGUCCUGGCCGCCAUCGCCAUCGCUUUGGUGCUCAGCGUGGGCAGCUGGAUCUACGCGGUGCGUUACCGCCGUGAGCCCCUGGAGCCACACGUCGCCUACCUUGUGCAGGCCUACAAGCCCGAGUGUGCGGCCUGGGAGGCGGAGCGCCUGGUGCGGAAGGUCUUCCUGGCCCUGAUCACGACCAUGCUCCCGGUGACGCUCUCUCCCGCGCUCCAGCUGGAAGCCGUGACGCUGGUGCUGAUCGCGUCCCUGGCCGCAAAUAUGUAUUUCAUGCCCUACCAAGUGGGCUCCUGGAACGGGCGCGAAGCUGGGCUUCUCAUGGUGGCUCUGACCAUGACCGGCCUCACCACCUGCCUCAUUGCCAACGACCUGCACUGGGCGAAGUCCACCUUCACGCAGCGUGCCUUAGUCUUCGUGAUCUGCGCCAUGGCCAGCGGCACCUGCGCCAUCAUGAUCGGUGCCUUGGCAGCGGCCUUCUUGAAUGAGCGCCGCAACACGCCCAAAGCUGAUGAAGCGGAAUGA